AUGUCCAUGCUCAGGCUGCUCGCACGUCCUCGCCGUCUGCCAUCGUUCCGCCCACUGACGACGACGACUCGCAGAUCGGCGGACCCUUGGCCUCUGCCUAACACGCCAGAACACCUCGCAUCCACCGCCUCACCCGCAGACAUGCCGCCGCCAACACCACUCCCGCGCCCGGGCGAGCCUGUCGAGACGAUGCGGGCGCGCCUCGUCUAUCAGUCACGCAAGCGGGGGACUCUCGAGAGCGACCUGCUCCUCAGCACGUUUGCGAAGGAGCAGCUGGAUACUAUGAACGAGGCGGAGCUCAAGGAGUUUGACAGGCUCAUGGAUGAGCCUGAUUGGGACAUCUACUACUGGGCGACAGGAAAGAGGACACCGCCGGAGCGCUGGUCCAACUCGGACAUCUUGGAGAGGCUGCGGGCCCACGUCCGCAACGAGGGGAAGGUCGUGCGACGGAUGCCUGACUUGCCGUAA